UUCGGGGAACCCAGGAGCAGGCGGCAUUGGGUCGGCUGUGUUGGGCCUUGCUCCGAGGCUCCGCCUUCACUUGGGUCUUUCUAGAAACCCAGCUUUGAGCUCGGUGCGGGGCAGGUAUUUCCAGGCCAGUACGGGUGUCCCGAGCGCAGCCCAGUGCACCGAGCUUCCCAGAAGCGCGUGUGAGUCCUCCAUGGCUGAUACGACCCCAAACGGCCCCCAAGGGGCGGGCGCGGUGCAAUUCAUGAUGACCAAUAAACUGGACACAGCUAUGUGGCUGUCUCGCUUGUUCACAGUUUACUGCUCUGCUUUGUUUGUUCUGCCACUUCUUGGGUUACAUGAAGCAGCAAACUUUUACCAACGUGCUUUGCUGGCAAACGCUCUUACCAGUGCUCUGAGGCUGCACCAAAGAUUACCGCACUUCCAGUUAAGCAGAGCAUUCCUGGCUCAAGCUUUGUUAGAAGACAGCUGCCACUACCUUUUGUAUUCACUCAUCUUCGUCAAUUCCUACCCCGUAACAAUGAGUAUUUUUCCAGUCUUGUUAUUUUCUUUGCUUCAUGCUGCCACAUACACAAAAAAGGUCCUUGAUGCAAAAGGUUCAAAUAGUUUACCUUUGCUGAGAUCUGUUUUGGAUAAAUUAAGUGCUAAUCAGCAGAAUAUUCUGAAAUUCAUUGCUUGUAAUGAAAUCUUCUUGAUGCCUGCUACAGUUUUUAUGCUUUUUAGUGGUCAAGGAAGUUUGCUCCAACCUUUCAUAUAUUAUAGAUUUCUUACUCUUCGCUAUUCCUCUCGAAGAAAUCCGUAUUGUCGAACCUUGUUUAAUGAACUGAGGAUUGUUGUUGAACAUAUAAUAAUGAAACCUGCUUGCCCUGUGUUUGUGAGAAGACUUUGUCUCCAGAGCAUUGCCUUUAUAAGCAGACUGGCUCCAACAGUUGCGUAGUUUAACAUCCAGCUAAGUUAUAUAUAAUCUAAGCAUUAUUUGCAGCUGGUACUUCUGCUAGGAGUUUUUAAUUUCAGGUGUAAAACUGACCUCAAUCCAUUUUACAUAACUUACAUAAGUACAUCUCAAUGGGAAGACAUAAUUUUUCUGGCAUGUUAAAUCAAGCCUUUAAAAAGUUUCUGAGAAAAUUUUACUGUGUUAUGUUGUUAAUGAUUAUAGAAGUUUGUAUCUUGUAAUAAGUGUACUGAGGAUUUUUUUAGAUGCUGCUGUGCCUUUAUCAUGAACAUUUAUUUCUCUUGUAGAAAUGGCUCUAAAAUUUCUUUCAACCUAAUUGGUACCCUGAAUUUAUAUCUGGCCUGAGUUCAUUAUGAUAAUAUUACAUAUAUGAAUUCAGUAUAUUUUGAGACAGUAUUGUUUUGCUGUUCAUUAAUUUUGGUUGAUGAUUUUUCAGAAGCAAUUCUCACUAUUUACUUUCAAAUUAUUAUUUAGGGUGACUUUGUGCUGCUUUGUUAGAACAGAUUUAUUUUGAAUGUAUUAUCAUGAGAAAUUCUAUCUUAUGCUGUGACCUUCCAAAAUUUUGUUUUUCCAUACUUACAUCUGUGAGCUUGAGUAUGGUUUUUAAAAGGCUCAACUGUAAGCUUGUUAACCAGUUGUGUAACUAUUUGGGGUUCACCUAAACAUUUUGCACUGGAAAGCAGAAGUCAUACAUUCUUUCAGAGAUCUAUUGAGUAAGUAGCAUUUCUUAAGUAGGAAAUCCUUAUAUAGAUAAGGACACAUAGUACUAUCAUAGUUGGUAGAAGUACCUAGAUGAGAUUCUUGACUGCCAGUUUUCUCGGUUUCUUAGGCUUGAAUUUUAACUGACAAUUGCAGAAGUUCAGAUGACUUUUGAAAGUGAUGUCACUGAAGAUUGAGCAUAUGAUAUCCUUGAUUUCUGUUCUGAUAAAAUAAUGAAGAUUAUCGUGUUGAUUACAUACUUACUCAUCAAAUCCGAUUUAAAAUGUUAAAAUGAAAGGAUUAUAGGUAAGAUAAUUGACUGGGAAUGGGGCAAGAGGAAGAGUUAUGGAGAAUAGUGUGCAUCUAGUUUUGUAAUUCAUAGAAUUGGAUGUAUUAUUCAACUGUGAUUUGAGUUGUGCGAUAUGUUCUGUUCAUUGAACUUCCAUCAGUUCCUUUAUAAAUUCAUUCCAAUCUUUAUUACUAUUGCAUGAUUGGAAAUGUUUAAAACAUCAAAUUUUAGUAGAGUAAUGUAAUGAUUUUCGUAACCAGUUUUUUCUGUCUGCAUGUAAAUUUCUCAAAAACAUUCAUUAGUAACUUAGUUACAUCAGCUUUCUUUUCAAAUUCUCACUAUAUAGAAAUGUGAUAUCCUCUUGAUAACUGUAACCAGCUAUUUUUGUAUUUUUGUAAUAUUUAUGUACUAAGUUCAAGAAGCAGCCUCAUAAUAUUCAGUUGAUUGUGUAUGUGUGUGUGGCUAGCCGCCCUAUUUACUGUAUGUUUAAUCUGAUGGUUUAAAGCUAAAUUUUCUAGAGCAAUAAAGUGAUGAUAAUGUUAAGUAAAUAGUAUAUUGAUUUCUAAUAGUGUUUUUAAAAAUUAAGUCUUGAAUUAGAUUGUUUUGGCAGCUGAAGGCAUAUUUAUUUUUAAGUUACUGGGUUGGUUUUUUGGUAAUAUUUUUAUCUUGAUAGUUUUAGGUUUAUAGAAGAGUUGCAAAAUCAGUACAGAAUUCCUUAUACCCUUUACUCAACUUGACAUUAAAAGUUAUAUAACUAGACAACAUUUAUCAAAAACUAAGGAAUUAAUGUGAACAAUACUAUUAACUGAAGUACAGAACUGAAUUCAGAUACCCCCACUUUUUCCAUUUCUUAAUUUUUUUUCUGUAUGCUCUAUUUUUACCAUGAUGAUUUAUUUUUCAUGACCUAUAAGUCUGCCAUUUUGAGUUUUUCCUUUUUAUUUUGGAAAUUUCAUUGGCCAAAAAGAUUUUCCUAAAGAAAAGAAUUCAUACUAACAUUAACAGGCAUAAUUUUAAUCUUAAAAUUGUAAUUUGAAACACUGCUUUGAAAGUUUAGACUUUUAAUCACAUUAAUAGGAUUCUAUUUCUGAUUUGCCCAUGUUUGGCUAUUUAAGGAAGGCUUGAUUUACAAAUAAAACACACUCAUGAAAAAGUAAAUUGUACAAUUUGAGCAUUACUAGAUACUUAGUUUGUGUGAAAUUUUAGAUAGAAAUUCUGCAAUAUGAUUAUGUACAGCUGGCUAAUUUGGCAUCUGAAAUUAUAGUGUAACCUGUACACCUAUUGAGUUAAAAUUAUGAAAUGUAAUAGCACUAUAUAGAAUGAACGUAGGAGGAGGAAUUAUAGCUCAGUAGCUUUUUACUUGCAGGUCUGAAAAAGGUUGGUUUAAUGUCCAGAAUAUCUAAUUCUUCUGAAAAUGGUAUAGUAAUGUUCUUAAUACCACUUUUAGAUUACUCUUUUGGAUAGGUAGAAGCCACAUACAGAUAUUUUAACAAGGAUUUAUAUUCCUUUAUAUACUUGAUUCCUGCUGAAUAACUAUCAUCAGUCCAAAGAGAAAUUUCUUCUUUUUUUUUUUUUAAAGAUUGAUUUAUUUAUCCAUAUAAGAGCUGGGGCAGAGGCCAGAGAUGUGGGGAGUGAGAGGACUCAACAGAGACAGAGCGGACUGACUGAAAUGCACUGCUGAGGGGAGCAGUGGGUGAGACAGGAGAGGUCUGCUGCACCAUGUGGGUUGCUCUCUGGCUGGCUGGGGAUCGAAUUUGUGCUACAGAGGCUGUAGAUCGCUUCAUAGUGCGGUGCUUAACCCCUUGCACCACCAGGGAGGCCCAAAGAGAAAUUUCUUAAGUAACAGUUUAUAUUUAAAUUCAUGUGGAAUAAAAUUCACCAAGACGGAUGGUUCAUGGGUAUCUUGGUGGUGGUAAUUUUAUGGGGAUUACUCUAAGAGGAGAAUGAACAGUGACAUAAAAAAUUAAUUAAAUUCACCAAGGCGGAUGCAUCUGGAAGUAAGCAAGAAAGGGCCUCCUUGCUGGUGUAGGGGUUAAAGACUCAGAACUAUAAAUUUGUCACCAGCAUGAGUUAGGUCCCCAGCCAGGGAGCUAACCCACAUGGCACAGCAGAUCUCUCCUGUUUCGCCCACUGCUCUCCUCAGCAGUGUAUUACGGUAGAUCUGCAUAUUCUGCUCCCCACUCUGUCUCUGGUGAAUCCUCUCAACCCCCUGUACCUCUGGCCUACACUCCAGUUCUUGAUUGCAUAAAUAAAUAAAAAUAAAUCUUUAAAAAAAAGUAAACAAGGGCCUCCCCAGUGGCGCAGCGGUUGAGCGCUGGGUUGCGAAGCUGCCGGCAGCCUCUGCAGCGCUGGUUCAAUUCCCCGGCUGCUCCCCGGCCACCGGAGGAGGGUCCCGCAUGGCGCGCAGACCUCUCCUGCCGCGCCCGCUGCUCCCCUCAGCAGUGUACUUCGGUCCUUCUGCCUGCUCUGCUCCCCACUCUGGCUCUGGUGAAUUCUCUCACCCUCCUGUGCUUCUAACUGUAUCCAGUGCUUGUAUAAAUAAAUAAAUAAAUCUUUAAAAAAAAAAAAAAGUAAACAAGAUAAUUAAUUUUUCAAAAAAUAAAUUUAGAUACAUAGGAACUUCCCUAACAGAGAAAGUUAAGUCAAUGCUAAUUUAAAGCUGAAGUUACACAUAAAAAUUAUAAAAUUAUCAGAAUACUUCCUGAAAAUCCAGAUCAAAAAUUCAGAUUAGGUUUGUAAGGUUAAGAUAUUAAUAGUAUUCAUUGUGGAAAGAAAGAUGAGUAUGUGAAAUAAAACCAUUUUAUGUGAAAUAAAACCAUUAGAACUGAGAAAUUUAGGAUUUUUAAUGUUUGAGAUCAGAAUGAAUGAAGUUAAUUUUGAGGGAUUGUGGUAAAGACCCUUACCUAACACCAAGAAAUUUGAUUAUAAUUUUCUAAAAUUCCCAUCCUUCCCCCCGCCAUCCCGUUGGAAUCUACUAGCCUUAAAAUCAUUGCUCCUAUUUACGCAUUUAGUUUUGAUACUUCACUGUGUAAUGAAUACCUUAAGGGAGAAUGUAACCGCAUUUAUGAUCACCAGGUGGCACUCUUUCCUCAACACCCCCUUCCAUUGUUUCACAUGCCAGUUUCAAAGUUAAAUGCCACCAAAAGUGCAGAGUCAGCAAAACUGAGGAUCUGGGUUCCGUGACCCUUUAAAUGUGUAAUAACUCAAUAUUUGACAAAUAUUUAGUAAGCAUUCUCUGUGAAUACAUUCUUGAAAUAUUGAAAAGGUGAGAGAAUUAUCAUACCUGUUUUCUAGGUAAGCAGUAAAAUAGGUGACAAUUGAAAGUGGGCAUCAUUCAGAUCAUGGUCUCCCUGGUUUCUCUUUUUUUUUCCUUUUCAGUAUAAGUGCCUAAAUCACCCAAACAUAUCAAAUAUAAAAUUGUUUUUCAUUUUCAGGUGUGUAGAAAAAUAGUACUUAAUUUUUUUCAUGAUCACUUUGUAGGUACACAAGGCAUAGUCAGUUUAACCUCUUUAAAUUUUUAAUGGUAACAUAAAAGCAUAUUGAAGUUUUUUGGAUAUUAUAUCAAGAAAGGUACUGGAAUUUUAAAUUCAGUUUGAAGUUACUAAAACAACUAGUUUGUCUUAUCACUUCAUUGGAACUUCACUAAGUUUAGGAGAAUUGUCCAGAGGCUGUAUGAUUAAUAGUAUAAUUUCACAGAUAGCAUACCAAAGGCAUACAUUUAUAAAUCCAAGAGUUAUUUCCAGAGAUAGUUUUAAUGAAUAGUCUUCUUAGAAUAUUCUGGAUGGAAAGUUGGUGUAUCUGGUACUAAGGAAGAGAAAGGAGCUGCUAAAAGUUUUGGGAGAUUUUCUGGUAGUAAUUAUUCUAGGACAUGUUUAUCUUUUAGGGUGAGUUCUUAGAACACACCGUUUCUAAGUGAAGGAUUAAUGGUAGUCUUUCUCUCAUGCAGUGCAAAUAGGAAAACUGAUAUGCACUGGAUUUGAGUUGAUAUAACAAGAGAUAAAAUACAGUAUUCUUUUAAUCUAAAGCAAAUUCUUUUUCUUAGAAAAUGAUAGGAAAAAAGUGAUUGAUGAAUGUCUUUCCUAGAAUCUAAAACUUAGUUCAUAUUCCAGGAGGAAAAAAGGGUCCAAGGAUCAUAUCACUUUUUCCUUAUGAAAUGGAUUUUUCUGAUUGCUCAGUACUUUUUAAGUAAUCUUUUUUGCUUAGUUCAUGCAGUUUAAUUCUAAAACUUGACUUUUUGUGUGUGUGACUUUAAAAUAGAACAAAAGCUUUGACAUGAAUUUUUGCUUAUAUAUAUAUUUGUAAGUUGCGACCAAAUGGGCAAAGUCUUGAGCAGGUAGCAUUUGUAAUGUGUGUAUAUAGAUAUUGGAACAAAUGUAAAAGGGUCACAAAGAUUAGAGAGAGAGUCAUAACAAAACUGUUGAUUUAUAAAUGCAUUACUUCUGGUGCUCUAUAUAAUGGGGUAUAUUGAACUAAAAAAUCUUUACAUACAGAAUGUCAGCAUUUCUUAGUCACUCCUCUUGAAUCCAUUUUUAAUAUCUAAUAGUAUACAGGUUGGGGAGUUACACUCUUCAGGCCAAUGCCACCCAGACUAUAUAAAUUUAUAAAAUAAAUUGAAAAAUUCAUCAUUCCUCCUGUAUUCAAGACCAAAGCACAUAAAUGCUAAUGUAGGGCUCAGAGGGGAAAUAUAUUUCUCCUGAAUAUUUGAGAAAAUGUGAAGUCCUUUCAAGAAAAUCUAAUAAACAUAAUAAUCAUAGCCUGCUGACACUAAGGAAAAAGGACCUCAUUCGCUCUUUCUUUUAUGCAGCGAUUUACUGGUCCCUACUGAUUUCCAAAUUGGAUCACUCUAGUAAAUUAUCUAUGCUGGUACCUGUGAAAGUAAGCCCUGGGAUCCAUAUUUGUUUUGUGUUCUGCUUAAAUCAGCAAGAAUGAUAAAUUUGAUGGUGUGAAAUUGGAAGUGUCAAGGGCUUUCUUUGGUGAUUGAGCAAAAUAAUGUCUCCACUUGUAAUUUAUUGUGACCCUUUUUCAUUGUAUGUGCUUUGUAUAUCUGAUAUUUAUUUCAAUACAAAUUAAAUUGUUGUUUCUUCGUCUGUAUUGUUAUAUCUAAGGUUUUAUUGAUGUAAAAAUUAAAUUGUGUAAUAAAAAUCUCUCUGAAUUUAAGCAGAUUUUAAAAAUGUCAUGUUGCAGAAAAAAUUACCAUUGGAACUCAGCUUCCCAUUGUACUUCAUUACCUUAUUGUUAGAAUAAGGUGAAUUUGGAAACUUCUGUUUUCCUCAGCUCAUCACAAAUAAUAGAAAUGGUAUAAUUUUGUGGUCUAAUGUGAAACUGGAAAAAAUGGCCUAAGUGAAACUGAGAAAAGAAAAAUUAGAGUGGAUUUCACAGCUGUUUGCUAACUUGCUUCUGCACAUUUUUAAUAAUGAAAUAUAGAGCCUAGUGAUGGAUGAGUUAUUUGUAAGCCUAAAAUGAUUCACAAUAUACAAUACAUCCAGUGUCAACACACUUACGGUUUUUCAAGCAAAAUGUAAAAAUGUCAGAGGGCGCUUUUUUUAUUCUUUUAAUAUUAUGGCACAGUCAAGGGAUCAACCUAUUACCAUUUUAUUUGGGUUUUUAUGCUCAUAUUUGCCCUAAGAUGUUUUUGUGGUCUCUAUAAUUAAUGGUACGUAUUUAUAUAAUACUAAUAUGCUUUCAAUACUAUCAAUAAAUUU